AUGGCUGAGACGUCCUCGCUCCGGUGGGGCUUCCUUGGCUGCGGCCGGAUCUCGCACGCCUUCGCUGGCGCUAUCAAGCCGCUGGAGCACGUGACGUUCCAGGCCUGUGCGGCCAGGUCGCUUGAAAGCGCGCAGCAAUUCGCCAAUGCUCACGGUAUCGCUCGCGCGUACGACUCGUACGAAGCUCUUUGCUCUGACCCAGAGGUCGACGUUGUGUACAUCGGCACUCUGCACCCUUGGCACUGCGAGCACGCAACGCUGGCCCUAAACCAUGGCAAACACGUUCUGGUGGAGAAGCCCAUGGCCAUGAACGCGAAGCAGUCGGCGUCGCUGAUUGCACUGGCGAGGGAGAAGAAGCGCUUCCUCAUGGAGGGAAUCAUCCGCUUCGUGCGCAAGCUGCUGGCUGACAAUGAGAUCGGCGAGGUGCGUCACGUUCACGCCGAGAUCGGCUAUCCGUUCCCCCAGGACGAGGCGCGUCUGUGGAAGAACGAACUGGGAGGGGGAGGGCUGCUGGACAUCGGCAUCUACACUCUCGCCUUCACGACGAUGGUGUUCGGCACCAAGCCCGAGAAGGUGACGUCCGCUGGUACACUAAACGACGGCGGGGUGGACAUCCAUAACUCGGUGACGCUGCAGUACACCGACCAGCGCUUCGCUACGAUCGAGUACUCGAUGCUGGUGCAGCUCAGUGAGACCGUCACGAUUUCAGGAACCACUGGCCGCAUCCACAUUCAUACACCGGCCCAUUUGGCGACGGAAGUCUCGGUCAUUCGUAGUGUCGGGCCAGGCCAAGAGGAAGCGACAACAAAGACGUUCCCCUGGCCGGACCCAGACAACGGGUACUCUGGAUUCUUGCACGAGGGCGAAGCUGUGACGAAGGCCAUUCAGUCCGAGAAGCUCGAGGCAGACGAAUACUCGCUGGAAGAGUCUUUGGGCAUCAUGACCAUUAUGGACAAAAUCCGUGAAGACAUUAGUCUGGCAUACCCGGCCGAUGCCUAG